AGCUAAUGAAAAUUUGCGCCAUUUUACGUUUCACUUUAUUCGAAUAAGUCAAGUUCAAAGUUUUUAAAAGUAAAGUCCAAACAAAUAAGUGUAAGAUGACUCGCAUUUGGGAAAUCGCGCUGCUAUUAAUUGCCACACAGAUUGGCGGAUCACUGGCGGCGGCAUUUUCUGUGCGCCAAAACCGAUUUAAUGAGGCUCCAGAUCUGCAGACACCAGUACCAUUGGCAACUUCUACAGAAUCUACUAAGAAAACUGAGAAAGUUACUAGCGGUCUGUUGAAAAAAUGUCUUCCCUGCAAUGACGGCAUAAAAUGCGUGCCCCAAAUCCAGUGUCCCGCCCACGUGCGCAUGGAAAGCCAUGAAAAGCCGCAGAUAUGCGAUCUGCCGGCUGGAAAAUUUGGCUUCUGCUGCGAGACGGGACAAAAUCACACUGCCCCGAAACAGGAGAGCUCUUCCAAGGAGCGGCGAUCAGGAUUUCCCACCAUCCUGCCCAUUUCAGUUUUGGAUGAGGCACGUCGUCAGUUCGAGCAUUUGAUGAACGGCGUGUCGCAGAUCCCCGUCCGCCGAGGCUUUCCCGACUUUGCGCACGGUCUAGUGUUCCAUUCGACGGCCAAGGAUGAUCUGCACAACUUUGCCAUUUCGAAUAGUGCCAUCGAACAGGUGAUGACCACCCAGUUGUUUGGCAAGAAGGAGCAGGUGCCCGUGGACGAUUUCAUCACCAACAAUGUGCCGAUCAAGUUCACGGAGACCCCGUUGGCCCAGCACUGUCAGCCACCUCUAAUUUGCCGUAAUGUUCGAUCAGUGUACCGCAGCUUGGAUGGCACAUGUAACAAUCCACUGCCCCAAAGAUCGCUGUGGGGAGCUGCUGGACAGCCGAUGGAGCGCCUCUUGCCCCCCGCUUACGAGGAUGGAAUCUGGACACCGCGUUCCCACUCUUCCGACGGGACUCCUCUGCUCAGCGCCCGCAAAAUCUCACGCAUCCUGCUAGCCGACGUUGAUCGUCCGCAUCCCUUGUACAACCUCCUGGUUAUGCAGUUCGGUCAGGUUUUGGCACAUGACAUUUCCCAAACUUCUUCGGUGCGACUGGAGGAUGGAAGCCUGGUGCAGUGCUGCUCCGCAGACGGAAACGUAGCUCUAAGUCCACAGCAAAGCCACUUCGCCUGCAUGCCAAUCCAUGUGGAGCCGGAUGAUGAGUUCUUUGCCGCUUUCGGAGUUCGCUGUUUGAACUUCGUAAGGUUGUCCCUGGUUCCCAGUCCCGAUUGUCAAUUGAGUUACGGGAAGCAAAUGAGCAAAGUGACCCACUACGUUGACGCCUCGCCGGUUUAUGGAUCAAGUGAUGAAGCUUCCAGAAGUCUUAGAGCAAUCCGUGGCGGCCGACUGCGUAUGCUGAACGAUUUCGGACGGGAUCUUUUGCCGCUGACGAACGACAAAAAGGCUUGCCCCAGCGAGGAAGCCGGAAAGUCAUGUUUUCUUUCAGGAGAUGGACGGACCAAUCAGAUUAUAUCCUUGAUUACCCUCCAAAUACUGCUGGCACGUGAGCACAAUCGUGUGGCAGAGGCACUGAACCAGCUGAAUCCUUCGGCCAGCGACGAAUGGCUUUUUCAGGAGGCCCGACGCAUCGUCGUUGCCGAGGUGCAGCACAUUACAUACAACGAAUUUCUGCCCAUUAUUAUUGGACCGCAGCAGAUGAAGCGUUUCGGGCUGGUGCCACUGCAUCAGGGCUACUCGCAUGACUACAAUGUUGAUGUAAAUCCGUCUAUAACCAAUGAAUUCUCAGGAGCAGCUUAUCGCAUGGGUCAUUCUAGUGUGGAUGGCAAGUUCCAAAUCCGCCAGGAGCAUGGUCGCAUUGAUGAAGUGGUCAAUAUUCCGGAUGUCAUGUUUAAUCCCUCGCGGAUGCGCAAACGUGAGUUCUACGACGACAUGCUGCGCACACUUUACAGCCAACCCAUGCAGCAGGUGGACAACUCAAUCAGCCAUGGACUCAGUCGUUUCCUGUUCCGUGGGGAUAAUCCGUUUGGUCUGGAUCUGGCUGCCAUUAAUAUUCAGAGAGGACGCGACCAAGGACUGCGUAGCUAUAACGACUACCUGGAGUUAAGAGGAGCACCUAAACUAGAGAGCUUUGAACAGUUCCCAAGCGAAAUUGGCCAGAAGCUGGCUCGCGUUUACCGCUCUCCCGACGACAUUGACCUGUGGGUGGGAGGUCUGCUGGAACAGGCCGUCGAUGGAGGAGUUGUGGGCGCGACCUUUGCCGAGAUCAUAGCCGAUCAGUUUGCACGCUUUAAGCAGGGGGAUCGCUAUUUUUACGAGUACGACAAUAAUGUUAAUCCUGGCGCCUUCACCCCUCCGCAGCUGCAAGAGUUGCGCAAGGCUACUUUGGCUCGUCUUCUCUGCGACAAUUCCGACCGCCUCACUCUGCAAGCAGUGCCACUGGCCGCUUUCAUUCAAGCCGAUCAUCCUGGCAACCAAGUGAUUGGCUGUGAUGAUCCCAGCCUGCCGGCCGUUAAUUUGGAGGCAUGGCGCACUUGAAAUUAUUUUUUUAUCCAUUUUUAAUUUAUUUAUCGAGUUUUUAAACUGUAUUUAUAUAUGCGAAUGUUCGCCGAAUUGUAUAUCCCCGUUUUAUGUAACUGCGGCUCAACAAAGAAAACCAAAAUUAAGCCAACCGUUCUAUUAAACCGAUUUCCAUUGCUAAUUAAACGCAAAUUUCUUUGUCUCCGAA